AGUACUUCGAAAAUGGAAUGACUGUCUUUCAAGGUCGUUGUGCGAAAGAGAGGCAACUUCGGUUUCCACUUAUAAUCAUGAGUCUUUCGGAAGAUGAAUCUACUUCAGAUGAAGAAUAUAUCCCUCCAGUUAAAGCUUCUAAAUUGGAAGAAGACUCAGAAAGCGAAUAUAGCGAUGAGUCAGAAUCAGGAGAUUCAGACUGUAUUAGUGGUAAAAUCAUUCCCUCCCUAGAUCUGUCCUUAGAUAGUUUAACCAGUCAGUCAAGUAAAAAACGUCCUGCUAAAAGGAACUCGAAAAAAUCCAAGAUUACCGACUGUUCACCGCUUUCCACUACCGAGGAUGUGAAAGCCUACGAAGAUAAAGUGUGGAACGAGUUUCUAAAUUCCGAUAGUACCGAGAAAUCUAAUAGCACUGAAAAAGUAAAUGUUGUAAAAAAGUAUCAGUUUGCUGGGGAGGAAGUUGAAGUCAUUCAGGCUGUUUCAAACUCGAAUCGAACUAAAGGUUUAGGUGUCUCACAUAAUAAGACUUCAACUGAGACAAAUCCCCUGAAACCAAAAGCACGGUCUUUGGGACUCGGUCUAACUAACGCUCUGCAGAACUUGAAAUCCACGAUAAACAGCCUACCCAAGUUAUCUACCUUAGAAAAGUCGCGUCUUGACUGGAAGCAAUAUGUACAGAAAGAAUCUUUGGAAGAUGACCUUAAAGCCCACAACAAAGGGAAAGAAGGGUAUCUGGAAAGGCAAGCAUUUUUCAAUAGAGCAAAUGAACGUGAAUAUCAGUAUGAACGACAAUUGAGAAAGUCAGCAUCGAGUCGGAAAACCUGAAUACAACUAUGCACACAAUUCUCUUAUCCACGGAAUGUUGCAAUUAUUUAUCAAGAAUGGCACCCCAAUGUUUGUGCCCAUGCAGUCCCAAAUUUCAGUGUAUUUAUGUGAAGCAAAUAAUUGUGGUUAAUUAUGCUGGCAAUAAAAAAUCCCAAUAAUAA